CAGUCUCGAACAGUCUCUCUUCGAGUGAUAUUAUAUUUUAUCGACUAACAGCAGCCAUUAUACAAGAAUAAAUAAUUAACUAUAAUAAUGUCUCAACAGAAAAUGGCAAGAAAGAAUUUAGUUAAUUCAGUUUUUACGGCAGUGGAAGAAUCUCUAACAGGAUGGUCCAUGGCAUUUCCACAUCUUGAGUUUCAUUCUACAAAAAGAGUCGUUUUAGCACCACUCUGGAGAGAACCUAGCGAAAAAGUGACAGUUAUUUGCGGUGGAGGCAGUGGGCAUGAGCCUUUUGCAGCCGGAUUUGUCGGUUCCGGCAUGUUGAAUGCAGCGAUUGCUGGGUCGAUAUUUGCUUCACCACCCUCCAGUAACAUUUUAUACGCCCUAAAGUGUGUAUCAAUGAAUAACAAAGCUGGAACUGUAGUUAUUAUACCUAACUACACUGGAGAUUGUUUAAAUUUUGGAUUAGCAAUUGAAAAAGCCAAACUUUUAGGCUUAAAGGUAAACGAUGUGAUAGUGGCUGAAGAUUGUAGUAUACCCGAAAGUGAACAAGGUCGAGCAGGACGACGUGGACUUUGUGGCAUUCUUUUUGUGAUGAAAACUGCUGGCGCACUUGCCAAAAGAGGACAUAAUCUCGAAGAUGUUACAAAAUAUGCAAAAAUAGUUGCACAAAAUAUGGCAACAUACGGUGCCGCCUUAACAGCUUGCACUCUUCCAGGCCAAGGACUGAUGUUCGAGAUUCCAGCCGACGAAAUAGAAUUCGGAUUAGGAAUUCAUGGCGAAGCUGGACUUGAAAGAAAAAAGCUGGAGAGAGCAUCUAAAGUUGUGGCCGAGAUUCUGAAAAAGCUCACAGAAGCUCUGUCACUUGUUCGUGAUGAUUCCGUGGCAGUAAUAGUAAAUAAUUUUGGAGGUCUUAGUCAACUAGAAAAUGGAAUUAUCAUAAACGAGGUAGUGAGGCAACUGCAAAGCAUUGGAAUACAGCCCUUGCGUGUUUAUGGAGGAAUACUCAUGUCAUCUUUAGACAGUGUCGGUGUUCAUAUUUCAAUACUGAAACUACCCGAAAAUGAAAAAUCGAUCAUCAUUAGCUGUCUGGAUGAUCCCACUGAUGCUCCUCAGUGGCCAGGAAAUGUAUAUUCUCCGCCACCUCAGUUUCCCAGACUUCCAUUCGAAGAGGCAGGGAAAACUGAAUUUUCCGAAAUUGGCAAACAAUUCAGCAAAAGUCAGGAACAUUUAUUCAAAGAGUGCUUACGCAGAGCUAGUCUGUCAAUUAUUACAGAAGAGAAUUUUAUCAAUGAUCUUGAUCGCGGUUGCGGAGAUGGAGAUUGCGGAUCGACGCUGAAACAACUCGCUGAUAGCAUACUAUCAUCUUUGGACAUUUUUAAAACGUCACAUCCCUCGUCUGUUUUUACGGAACUUUCGUAUAUCGCGGAAGAAAAAAUGGGAGGUACUUCCGGUGCUUUGUACGGCUUAAUGUUUACUCUCGCGGCAAAAGAAUUUGCAAAUGGAAAGGACAGCGAGUGGCGAAGCUUGUGGCAUAGUGCUUGGAGAACUGCAAUCGAUGGCGUGAUGAGACACAGUAAAGCGCAAUUGGGAGACAAAACAAUGCUUGACGCUAUGGAUCCAGGAUGUAAAGAGCUUGAAAAUAAUUUAUCUCAAUCACUGCCAUAUACUGAAGUUGUUAAAAAAAUAGUGAAAGCUGUUCAAGAGGGUUGUGAAGCAACAAAAAACUUGGUGCCUAAAGCCGGGCGUGCAAGUUAUGUAAAACAAGCUGAGUUCCUAAAACAAGCGGAUGCUGGAGCAUAUGCCGUUUCAAUUUGGAUACAAGCGGUAGCAACAACGUUAAAUAAUUAAAUUUAAAAAUUAAAUUAAUAAUCAAAUUAUUUUAUACGCCUUAUAAAU